UUUGGAGACGCUUUCUUUAUUGGGUUUCCUUCAUUUUUCUGUGAUUGAUAAUUAAAGUCUUUUGAUGUUCAUAGAUAUACAACACCUUGUUAAUUUUUUCCCCUUCUUCCCUCCUUAAAUUUCAAACUUUUCUCCUAAAACUUCACGUGUUUAUUGGUUUUCUUCCUCUUAUGCCAAUUUUGUUGAGCUUUAUAUGUUCUCGAUGGUGUAGCCUAUUUCAUUGAAACCUGUUUAUCAUGGUUUCUGGUUUGGCCAACUCUUUCUCUUCUCUGUUUCAAUAGUCUCUCAGUUUCUGUUUACUGCCCUCUCGUUUUGUAGUUGUAAUAGCAGUAGUGGGGCCAUAGUUUUUCCUGUUCUGUUUGCAGGGAGAUGAAGGAGUUCUUCGAAAAGAUAAGAGCCUGUGCAAGGAGUGUUUAAGGCUUGGAUAUAAGCUUAUUUCCUCUUGAGUUUUUUUUUUUUUAAGUCUUUUGUGGGGGUGUUGAGAAUUCGAGGAUGGGGGAUCACUUUGUCUUGCUGGUUGAUCGUUUGCUCACCGAGUCUACGUUAGAGGCUGCAAUUGAGAGCAGAAACUGGUCCAUGAAAGCCGCAUCCUCUGUAACUGACGAGAAGAAAAUCGAUAAUGCUUCCAAGGUGGUUGGUGAAAAUAUAUCAUCUCCCGGGAAAUUGGUGGAGUGCAGGAUAUGCCAGGAUGAGGAUGAGGAUUCAAAUAUGGAGACGCCCUGCUCUUGUUGUGGCAGCUUGAAGUAUGCCCACCGCAGAUGCGUACAGAGGUGGUGUAAUGAGAAGGGUGACACUAUCUGUGAGAUAUGCCAACAGCAAUUUAAGCCUGGUUAUACUGCUCCUCCCCCACUGUUUCAAUUGGGGAGUGUUCCAAUGAACUUCAGGGGAAAUUGGGAGAUAUCUAGGAGGGACUUGCAUCGUCCACGCAUCAUAGCAAUGGUUUCAACUGACCGUAAUUUACUCACUCCUGACUACGACGAGUAUUCAGCCUCUACCACAAGAAGCUUGAUAUGUUUCCGUUCAGUUGCUGUCAUUUUCAUGGUUCUACUGAUUCUACGCCAUACUCUUCCCCUCAUUCUAAGUGGAAACAAUGAGUACUUUUUCCCACUAUCUCUGUUGCUACUUCUAAGAACUGCUGGGAUUGUUCUUCCGAUCUACAUUAUAAUGAGAGCAGUAACUUCUAUUCAGCGCCGCCGACAUCAUCAUCAGGAGGAGCCUUCAAUUUCAUCUUCAUCGGAUGAAGAAGCUGAGCCUUCAACACUGCAGCCUCAGCCUCAUAUCAUUCAUUUUCACGUGUAGCUGGUGAAUUGAAGAAGCUUCACAACAAGAAAAUGUGUGCAAGAUGGAUAAGAAAAACGGAAAUUAUGAUGCAGUGCUUUAAUCAGUGUGGUGUGCUGUAAUUCCAAAAAGGAAAGAAAAAAAUGGAGGAUCAAGUUUCAAUUAUGAUGUAGCUAGCUAUUAAGAUGUGCUCUCUUCUGUUGCUCUUGCUGCUCAUCGUCUGAAUACUUUCUACAGCCCAAAAAAAAAAACAGUUUAUCCCAAAAGCCAAUAUACAGACUUUAUACCAAGAAAAUAGAAGCCAAGCUAGUAAAGGUGAAGAAUGUUCUUGUAUAUGUCAUUCUGUAAAUACCAAGUUUGGGGAUUAUGACUCAAAUACCAACUUGAGUAGAUACAAGUUAAGGGUGCGAGACAAUGGAUUAUUGUUUUGCUUUAAUAUCUUUAUUUGCAUCA